AUGCACUGCUUGCCCAAGCCUUGGCUGGGGUUUCUGGAGCUGCAGAUCAUCAAAGCUAUAGUGCAGAAGAUGGAGAAGGAAAUUGGGAGCAGCUUUGCUUGGAGCUUGGAGGCAGGUCCCUUCUUCUCAAAGGAAGUCCAUGACAAGAUAGAGGCUAACCAAAGAUCCAUUUAUGUGGGCAAUCUGCAUUAUGAGGCCACAGCAGAAGAGCUGGAGUCUUUCUUCCUUUGCUGUGGGAAGAUCAACAGAGUGACCAUCCUCUGCGACAGGUUCUCAGGGCAUUCCAGAGGGUGUGCCUACAUCGAGUUUGAAGAGCAGAGCUCCACGAAUGCUGCAAUAGCACUGGACAAGAGCUUGUUCAGAGGCCGUAUAAUUAAGGUGCAGCCCAAAAGGAUCGACUUGAAAUGCAUCAGCACCACCACCCAUGGUGGCUGCCUGAGCCACUUCCAAGCCUGGAGAAGGCUGACCCAGUGGGGAUCCAACUAUGGAUGGCAGGACACAAGCACACAGGGGAGGGAACACAGGAGCCUGGUGGGGGGCCUGGAAGGACCAAAGUGA